AUGUCCACUUACAACGAUUCAGUUGGCGAGGUCGACAUCAUAUUUGCUGGAGGUGGAACAGCAGCAUGUGUUGCCGCUGGCAGACUUGCAAAAGCAAAUCCAGAUCUGAAGAUUCUCUUGGUCGAGGGAGGCCGCAACAACUUCAAUGACCCCACAGUAACGAACCCAGCUGUCUACUUGAGCCACCUCGCUCCAGACAGCAAGACUGCACUAUUCUACAAGGCCAAGCCGUCAAAACAUCUCAAUGGACGCGAGGCAAUCGUGCCAAUGGGUGGCAUGCUCGGAGGCGGAUCGUCGAUCAACUUUAUGAUGUAUACCCGUGCUCAAGGCAUUGAUUUUGAUAGUUGGGAAACUGAAGGCUGGAGCUCAAAGGAGAUGCACCACUUCAGCAACAAGCUCGAGACUUAUCAUCCCAAGGGCGACAAUAUCGACCAGAGCAAGCACGGACACGACGGCCCGAUUCACAUCUCAGAUGGUGGAUACAGGGGAAAGAGUGAGAAACAAUUCUGUGAUACUGUUAAGAAGAUGGGGUACAACGUGAUUGAGGAUUUGCAAGACCUCGAGGCCAACGGAGGUUUCUCGAAAUGGCACCGAUACGUUGGCCCGGAUGGCAAGAGACAAGAUGCUGCUCAUCGCUAUAUCCACCCCCUCCUCCAAGACGGACAACACCCAAACCUCCACGUCCUUCUUGAGUCCAAGGUCGUCCGAGUUCUGUUCGACGAAUCUUCUCCACCCCGCGCCAUAGGCAUUGAGUAUAAGCCCAAUGCCGAGCACCAGCCCGAGCUGGCUCUUUCUAAGCCCGUUCAUAAGACUAUCAAGGCUAGGAAGCUCGUAGUCGUCACUGCUGGUGCACUCGGCACGCCUCAAGUCCUUGAACGCUCUGGUGUUGGCAAUCCUGAAAUUCUAAAGAAGCUCGAUAUCCCAGUGGUCGCUGACGUUCCAGGCGUCGGUGAGAGCUAUCAAGAUCAUCACCUCUUACUGUAUCCUUACAAGUCCAAUCUUGAUGAGGCUGAGACUCUUGACGGUAUACUCAGUGGGCGCAAGGACUUCGUCAAGGCUCUUGGGGAGAAAGAUCCUAUGCUUGGCUGGAAUGGAAUCGAUAUGUGCGCCAAGCUUCGCCCAAGUGAGAAAGAAAUCGCCCAAAUGGGCCCAGAGUUCAAGAAAGACUGGGACAGAUUCUUCGCCAACUACCCCACACGCCCUCUCAUGCUCUGUGGUGUGGUGAACGCAUUCCUCGCAGAUCCAUCUCUCGUCGAACCGGGUCAGUAUAUCACAAUGGGCACUUACACCGCGUACCCCUUCUCCCGCGGCUCCAUCCACAUCAACUCAAAGGAGGACGUCAUCAACGGCUACGACUUCGACACUGGCUUCCUGAAUGCGCCAUCCGAUCUCGCGAAACAGAUUUGGGCCUACAAGAUGUCCCGGGAGAUCGCUCGCCGUCUUCCCUACUACCAAGGCGAGCUCGAACUCGGACACCCGAAAUUCCCAGAGGGGUCUAAAGCCGCUCUGCAAAGCGGUAGCUUGGGUGGCAAUAUCCAGGAUAUUGAGUACAGCACUGAAGAUGACAAGGCGAUUGAGGACUGGAUUAGAGGUAAUUUGAACACGACGUGGCAUUCGCUUGGCACUUGUGCAAUGAAGGAGAGGAGUAAGGGGGGUGUGGUGGAUGGAAGCUUGAAUGUUUAUGGGACAAAGGGGCUGAAGGUUGCGGAUUUGAGUAUGGUGCCCGAGAACGUGGGUGCGAAUACGAAUAAUACCGCGUUAACGGUUGGGGAGAAGGCGGCGGAUAUUAUUGGGAAGGAGCUGGGUAUUCAGGUUUAG